AUCCUCAUGUCCUGACACAGAGAGGUGAAGGUGAACCCCCCGGUCUGUGUCUCAUUGCUGGAAGCACCCUUUCUCCGUUUCUUUUCUCGUCUCACACCGGGAUCAUUCGUUUGGCCCGAGCCAUGUCCCUGUUCCGUGAUGUCCCCCAGGCUCCGCCUGUAGCUGUCUUUAAACUAACUGCUGACUUUAGAGAGGACAGCCACCCACAGAAGGUGAAUCUGGGAGUUGGAGCUUACCGUACCGAUGACUGCCAGCCCUGGGUGUUGCCUGUGGUGAAGAAGGUGGAGCGACUGCUUGUGGAGGAUGACAGCCUGAACCAUGAGUACCUGCCCAUCCUUGGCCUCCCCGAGUUCCGCUCUGCUGGCUCCAAGGUUGCCCUGGGAGAUGACAACCCUGCCAUCAAUGAGAACAGGGUUGGAGGAGUCCAGGCUCUGGGUGGGACAGGAGCGUUGAGGAUCGGGGCAGAUUUCUUGCGGCGGUGGUACAACGGCGUCAACAACACAGCAACACCUGUUUAUGUGUCAGCACCCACCUGGGAGAACCACAAUGGAGUGUUCACUGAUGCUGGUUUCAAAGACAUCCGCCCAUACCACUAUUGGGAUGCUGCUAAAAGGGGCCUGGAUUUGACUGGACUACUGGAUGACUUGGAGAAAGCUCCAGAACACUCCAUCUUCAUCCUUCACGCCUGUGCACACAACCCUACUGGCACUGACCCCACCCAGGAGGAGUGGAAGACCAUUUCAGAGAUCAUGAAGAGGAGGAAGUUGUUUCCAUUCUUUGAUUCAGCUUACCAGGGAUUUGCAUCUGGCAACCUGGAAAAGGAUGCCUGGGCAAUCCGUUUCUUUGUUUCGGAGGGCUUUGAGCUCUUUGUUGCUCAAUCCUUCUCCAAAAACUUUGGCCUGUACAAUGAGAGGGUUGGGAACCUAACGGUGGUUUCCAAGGACACCGAGAACCUGACCCGUGUUCUGUCCCAGAUGGAGAAGAUUGUGAGGACAACCUGGUCCAACCCGCCAUCUCAGGGAGCACGAAUCGUCAGCAAGACUCUCAACACUCCUGAGCUGUUUGCAGAAUGGAAGGAUAAUGUGAAGACCAUGGCAGACCGGGUCCUGCUGAUGAGGGAUCAACUGAAGAACAAGCUGCUAGCUCUGGGCACUCCAGGAACGUGGGACCACAUCACUCAGCAGAUUGGGAUGUUCAGCUUCACUGGCCUGAACCCCAAACAGGUGGAGUACUUGAUCAAAGAGAAGCAUGUGUACCUGAUGGCCAGCGGUCGCAUCAAUAUGUGCGGUCUCACGUCCAAGAACAUCGACUACGUCUCUCAGUCCAUCCACGAGGCUGUCACCAAAGUCCAGUAAAAGCCACUCCUGUCCACACUCCUACUCCUUACUGUAUCCACAGGAAGUAAUGUCAUGUCUGUGCUCCAAACCUGCUAAUCUUCUCCUCUGAUUGGUUCAAAAUUGUAACAGUUACAUCAAAAAGAGGACAGAUGUGUUUUCUUUCUCACAUUAAGGUUAUAAAUCUCAACGGUCUUUAAUCAUACUGUAAUCAAAAUACAGUUUGUAGUCUGCCAUGCUUUAGUGCAACCUAAAAUAGUUUAUCUUAAAGUGUAAUCAAUCUUAAACCAAACAAUAGAAUAUAAUUGUGAUGCUUCCUCUAUAUAAAGCUAGUAGUGAAAUAAAACCAGAGUUAACAUUAGGCUAUGACAAAUCACGAACAAAAUUAUAUUUUCCUAUUUGAAACCAUUAGAAUUUACAAAUAUUUUAGCAUGUAUCACUUUGCCUAUUUUUGCAGCACAUUCUGGAGUGUUUGUGUUGUAAUUUUAUUGAUGAGGAAAUGUGAGAUGCACAAAACAAGUUCUCUCUUUUUUCUAUUUUUAUUUUGAGAAGGGCAAUUAGGAGUUCUGUGGUCCUUCUCUGUCAUGACUGGAUGGAAAAGGAAUAUUGGUGCCUGGUCUAGGUUUCACCUUUUUAGCUUCGUUGUAGUUUACUUAUUAGGUUCUUUAAGCCACUCUGUGUGCCAUCAGUGAAGAAAUAUCACCUGCCUCCUCACUUUUACUUAAUCUUUACCCUGCAGUGCCCUUAACUGUUUUACACAAAGGAUUUGUGAAGUAAUGGAAUAGAUUUGCCACUGGCACUCUCCCAUAUUGUGCUUGUGUUUGUAAUGGCAUGUUGCAAUAUGUUCAUCCAUAAAUAAAUUAUUAUUCACACAUA